AUGGCUGGGAAAGUUCCUCGCCCAGCCUUCGUUGAAGACUGGGACGACACCACGCACGAACCAAUACCCGAAUCUCAGCGGGAAGCGAACAUUGGUGCCAAAGUAGCAUCGAACAGGUUGGAUCCACGAUUCCACGAGCCUAUCGACGGCGCAAGUGACUCAGGUUAUUCUAGUCGCACCGCUGCCACCUUUAACAGCACCCAAUCCGGGCCGUCAGGCGGAAAGAGCCCCCCGGGCCCUCUUAAACAGUUAGACGGGCCCAAUAGAGACAUCGUCCGCAAACCCUCCAGUCGCAAAGAACGCAAAGAAAAGGAGCGCCGGCCCGCCCGCGAGGAGAGGAUGAUGGGGUACCACCACCAUGCUCCCGUGGUGCAGAACAAGCCUCGUCGUCGGGACUCGCUCCGACACUCCUACCAGCCCGAGAUCUAUUACGAAGGUGCCUACCAAUACCCCCUCGACUCCCGUCGAACCCCGAACCAUGGACCUGCCAUAUGCCUACAGCUUUCGCCCGCCUAUGCCGGACGGCAUCCCUAUGCCACACCAACCUAG